AUGUUAACACUACCGUUUGAUGAGUCUGUUGUAAUGCCAGAAUCCCAGAUGUGCAGAAAGUUUUCUAGAGAAUGUGAGGACCAGAAGCAAAUUAAGAAACCAGAAAGCUUUUCCAAACAGAUUGUCCUUCGAGGAAAGAGCAUCAAAAGGGCCCCUGGAGAAGAAACCGAGAAGGAAGAAGAGGAGGAAGACAGGGAAGAGGAAGAUGAAAAUGGCUUGCCCAGAAGGAGGGGUCUUAGGAAAAAAAAGACGACCAAGCUCCGACUGGAGAGGGUCAAGUUCAGGAGACAGGAAGCUAAUGCGCGGGAGAGAAACAGGAUGCAUGGCCUCAACGACGCUCUGGACAAUUUAAGAAAAGUGGUCCCCUGUUACUCCAAAACCCAAAAACUGUCCAAAAUAGAAACUUUACGACUGGCCAAAAACUACAUCUGGGCACUUUCUGAAAUCCUGAGAAUCGGCAAGAGACCUGAUCUGCUCACGUUCGUCCAAAACUUAUGCAAAGGUCUUUCCCAGCCGACUACAAACUUGGUGGCAGGCUGCUUGCAGCUCAACGCCAGGAGUUUCCUGAUGGGUCAGGGUGGGGAGGCUGCGCACCACACAAGGUCACCCUACUCUACCUUCUACCCGCCCUACCACAGCCCUGAGCUCACCACUCCCCCAGGGCAUGGAACUCUUGAUAAUUCCAAGUCCAUGAAACCCUACAAUUAUUGCAGUGCGUAUGAAUCCUUCUAUGAAAGCACUUCCCCUGAGUGUGCCAGCCCUCAGUUUGAAGGUCCCUUAAGUCCUCCCCCAAUUAACUAUAAUGGGAUAUUUUCCCUGAAGCAAGAAGAAACCUUGGACUAUGGCAAAAAUUACAAUUACGGCAUGCAUUACUGUGCAGUGCCACCCAGGGGUCCCCUUGGGCAGGGUGCCAUGUUCAGGUUGCCCACCGACAGCCACUUCCCUUACGACUUACAUCUGCGCAGCCAAUCUCUCACCAUGCAAGAUGAAUUAAAUGCAGUUUUUCAUAAUUAAUGAGGAAAAUGAAAAUAAACAGUGGUCAUUCACCUCCCCCGUCUAAUUAAGACAAAGCAGAUGCUUGUGGGCUGAAUAAUUGGCACAACUCUAUCUAAGGUGUUUACUAGUUUCUGAAGUGUGUUUCAACCAUUGUGA